GCUCCAGGUUGGCUGCUCCUCAACUACUUUUCCAUGACCCUGGGUUCCGGCUGCUGCCCCGCUCUCCUCCGCAAUGUUUCCUAGCCCUGUGACAACGACACCCUUCUCGGUCAAGGAUAUUUUGAACCUGGAACAGCAUCAGAGCGGCCUGGCCUCCAUGGAGCUCUCCUCGCUGGCCUCGCCCUCCUGCAUGCUGGCCACCUUCAAGCAGGAGACCUACAGCUCUGAGCCGCCGGCCCUGCCCGACCUGCGGGAGGAGCUGCCUGUGCCGCCCCCCGCCAAAACAGCCGCCGCCUUCCCCGGCUCCUACUACGUGAAAAACUACGUGGAGAUGGACUCGGCCAAGGAGGGAAAGGCGGACAAGAAAGAGCUGUGUUCCCUGCACAAGAGCCUGGAGCAGGAGAAAAGAGACCUGGAAGAUCCCGAGCGCCCCAGACAGAGGAAAAGGAGGAAACCUCGCGUCCUCUUUUCUCAAGCCCAAGUCUACGAACUGGAAAGAAGGUUCAAGCAGCAGAAAUACCUCUCGGCCCCCGAGAGAGACCAUUUAGCGAACGUCCUAAAGCUCACCUCCACCCAAGUGAAAAUUUGGUUCCAGAAUCGAAGGUAUAAAUGCAAAAGGCAGAGACAGGAUCAGACCCUGGAAAUGGUGGGGAUCCCUCCCCCCCGGCGGAUAGCAGUGCCGGUGCUGGUGCGCGAUGGGAAGCCCUGCCUGGGGGAAUCUUCCCCCUACAGUUCGCCCUACAAUGUCAGCAUUAACCCCUACAGCUACAACGCCUACCCUGCGUACACCAACUACAACAGCCCCGCCUGCAACGCCAACUACAACUGCAACUACCCCUCCAUGCAGCCCAUGCAGCCCUCGGCGGCCGGCAACAACUUCAUGAACUUCAGCGUAGGGGACUUGAAUUCGGCGCAGACGCCCAUCCCGCAGGGGAACGCGGGGAUCUCCACACUGCACGGGAUCCGAGCCUGGUAGAGCCGCCCCCGCCC